AUGUUUAACACCUUCCAACAUUACGAAAAGAAAUACGCAAACACCACCGGCGAUGUAACCUCCACGACAGUCGGUCGCGUUCUGACAAUUUUUGUUUUCUGUCAAAUUGUUUCAGCUCCGAUUCAUAGAGAAUUUUUUCAACUACUGAUAUUUCUUGUUCAAAAUCCAUUUGUCUUCGUACAAAUUAAGAGGCAAAAAUCUUUUUAUUUCGUCGAGCAUUUUCUAUAUAUUUUACAUUUUGUUAAUCUUGCAUUUGUGUUUUAGAAUUAUAUACUUUGUGAUUUAAGGUAAAUUUUUCCUCGCGUAAAUGCAUUUUCAAAGACAGCUCUUUAUUAUAGAAGCGUUAAGUAGAAGUUUCAAAAAGCUAUCACUUGCUCGAAUUGACACCUGUCAGAAUCAAAGAAUCAAAAACUCCAAUUUCAAAUCUUUUAACCCGUAACUACAAUUUUUUUGGAAAUUUAUUUUCGUAUCGAACAUUUUUUUUUUUUUUUUUUUUUUGGAAAAAAGGUUUUUGUCUAAACUACGGAGCGAUAAUGUCCGUAUUCGCUUUUACGACCACACGGUAAUCAAUAAAAUUCCGUAUCUAUUAGCAACAGUGACUAAAAAUGGUAAACAUCGCGUCGUGUGUCGUAUUUUCUUUUUUAUUUAAUAUAAACAGUUCAACAGCGUUUUAAAAAAAUCAUUUUCAUACUCAUAUUCAAUAUUUUACACUCUAUAGGUCUUUCUAAACUGAGAUUAUUGAUUUUCAACGAAAAUUUGUAACAGAUACUGUCAAGAGCGAAGCCAGCUUCUUCCGAAGGAGUGAGAAGGUCCGCGUCAGAGAAAAGAAUACCAAAGUUGGAAGAAUUUCUAGAGAAGCGUGAUUACACGGGUGCUUUGACACUUUUGGAAUUCAGCAAUACCUCAGAGACUCUAAAGUCUGAAUCAUGGAUAGGUUAUUGUGCUUUCCAUUUGGGAGACUACAGACGUGCAGCUACGAUUUACGAAAAUUUGCGGAAGAAAGACGAAACACCAGCGGAUACGUCGACAAAUCUGGCAUGCUGUUAUUUUUAUCUUGGAAUGUACCCUGAGGCUCAAAAAAUUCUGGAAGAUGCUCCGCACAGUAAACUGAAGAACAGACUGUUAUUUCAUUUAGCCCAUAAAAUGGGCAACGAAGCGAAAUUAAUGGAAUACCAUCACAUGCUAGAGGAUGUGAUAGAAGAUCAGCUUAGUUUAGCUUCUAUCCAUUAUCUCAGAGCUCAUUAUCAAGAGGCCAUCGACGUUUAUAAAAAAAUCCUAUUGGAGAACAGAGAUUACUUUGCAUUAAAUGUAUAUGUUGCCUUGUGCUACUACAAACUGGAUUACUACGACGUAGCUCAAGAAGUUCUUCAAGUUUAUCUACAAAAGUAUCCUGACAGUGCGAUUGCCAUAAAUUUAAAAGCAUGCAAUCAUUUUCGUUUGUAUAAUGGUAACGCUGCACAAAACGAAAUGAAACAGCUGAUAGAUAAGAUGUCGAAUUCUUUCAGCUUCAGUCACGAUCUUAUACGCCAUAAUACCGUCGUAUUCAAGGGCGGAGAAGGUGCAUUACAAAUUUUACCGAAUUUAGUAGACGUUAUACCAGAAGCCAGACUGAAUCUAGUGAUUUAUUAUUUAAAGCAAGACGACGUGCGAGAAGCGUUCGAAUUAAUCAAAGAUCUUGAACCAGCUGUUCCGCAGGAGUAUAUUUUAAAAGGAAUAGUUAACGCAGUAAUGGGACAAGAAACGAAUUCCCGGGAUAACAUAAAAACGGCGCAACAGUAUUUUCAAUUGGUGGGUUCUUCGGCGUCAGAAUGCGACACCAUACCUGGCAGACAAUGCAUGGCCUCUUGUUUUUUCCUUUAUCGUCAAUUCGAGGAAGUCCUGGUGUAUUUAAAUUCAAUCAAAACUUAUUUCUCCAACGAAGACAAUUUCAACUUCAAUUACGCUCAGGCGCAAACUGCGGCGGGUUAUUUCAAAGAGGCGGAAGAAGCGUUUUUAAAUAUAAAGAAUGAGAAAUACAAGAAUGAUUAUAUUUAUAUUAAUAUAAUGAACAAGAAACCGCAGUUAGCCUGGGACUUGUAUCUAAAAAUGGACACGACGACAGAAUCGUUCAAUUUGCUUCAAUUAAUUGCGAACGAUUGUUACAAAGUUGGUGAAUUUUGGUAUGCAGCGAAAGCGUUCGAUAUGUUGGAACGAAUGGAUCCAAGUCCGGAGAAUUGGGAAGGGAAACGAGGAGCUUGUUGCGGUACUUUUCAAUACAUUGUAGCUGAAAAGCAGCCAAAAGAGUUAUUACCUGAGAUUGUACAACUUUUGAAGAACACUUCGAAUUCACAAGUGGAGCAGAUCAUUCGAGUGAUGCGUAAAUGGGGUAAAGAUAACAGGAUUAAUUGUUGACGAAGAAAUCGAAUGGACAGUGAUUGUUAUCAUUAAAUCUGUAAUGUGAGGCCUUAUCUGAAAACAUGUUCAACAGUUGCAGAAUGUUAAUGUAUUUUAUAAUAUGUAUGUACAUUAUGUGAAUCGAAGAUUACAGAUGAAAAUGAAAA